AUGGACAACAACAAUGAAAAGAUUCUGCCUUGCAACAAGAUUGAAGGACUUGUAGCCAUCUCCAUCACAGAAGCUAAGCCCUUCAGCUUCACUCAGUCCCUGGGGCGACGUCGGCCGGGCCCCCUUCGAGCCCCUGGGCUGCAGCGCGCCAUGCGCCCGCAGGUGUCCCGGCUCCGCUUCCUGGCGCUGCUGCUCCAGCUGCUGCCGCCGCCUGCGCGCGCCGCGAAGCCCUCGGCGCAGGACGUGAGCCUGGGCGUGGACUGGCUGACCCGCUACGGCUACCUGCCGCCCCCUGACCCCGCUCAGGCCCAGCUGCAGAGCCCUGCGAAGCUGCGAGAUGCCAUCAAGGUCAUGCAGAGGUUCGCCGGCCUGCCCGAGACGGGUCUCAUGGACCUGGUGACGAUGGCCACCAUGCGUAAGCCCCGCUGCUCCCUGCCCGAUUUGCUGGGGGCAGCAGGCCUGGUCAGGCGGCGGCGGCGGUAUGCUCUGGGUGGCAGUAUAUGGAAGAAGCGAACCCUGACCUGGAGGGUCCGUUCCUUCCCCCAGGGCUCCCAGCUGAGCCAGGAGACGGUGCGAGUCCUCAUGAGCUAUGCGCUGGCCGCCUGGGGCGUCGAGUCGGGCCUCGCCUUUCACGAGGUGGAUUCUUUGCGGGACCAGGAGCCUGACAUCCUCAUUGACUUCGCCCGGGCCUACCACCAGGACAGUUACCCCUUUGAUGGACUGGGGGGCACCCUGGCCCAUGCCUUCUUCCCUGGGGAGCACCCCAUCUCUGGGGACACUCACUUUGACGAUGAGGAGACCUGGACUUUUGGGUCAACAGAUGGUGAGGGAACCGACCUGUUCGCUGUGGCUGUCCAUGAGUUCGGCCAUGCCCUGGGCCUGGGCCACUCCUCAGCACCCAACUCCAUCAUGAGGCCCUUUUACCAGGGCCCCGUGGGUGACCCUGACAAGUACCGCCUGUCCCAGGAUGACCGAGAUGGCCUGCAACAGCUCUAUGGGAAGGCGCCCCAAACCCCAUAUGACAAGCCCACGAGGAAACCCCUGGUUCCUCCUCCCCAGCCCCCAAACCUGCCUCCUGACAGCCCUUCCUCCCCCUUCCCUGAUCGAUGUGAGGGCAGUUUUGACGCCAUCGCCAAUAUCCGUGGGGAAACCUUCUUCUUCAAAGGCCCCUGGUUCUGGCGUCUCCAGCCCUCGGGACAGCUGGUGUCCCACCGGCCUGCCCGACUACACCGGUUUUGGGAGGGGCUGCCUGCCCGCGUGAGGGUCAUCCAGGCCGCCUACGCCCGGCACCGGGACGGCCGGAUCCUUCUCUUCAGUGGCCCCCAGUUCUGGGUGUUCCAGGACCGGCAGCUGGAAGGCGGGGCGCGGCCGCUCACGGAGCUGGGGCUGCCCCCGGGGGAGGAGGUGGACGCCGUGUUCCUGUGGCCCCUGAACGGAAAGACCUACCUGAUCCGGGGCCAGCGCUACUGGCGCUACGACGAGGCGGCGGCGCGCCCGGACCCCGGCUAUCCACGCGAGCUGAGUCUCUGGGAAGGCGCGCCCCCUGCCCCCGACGAUGUCACCGUCAGUAACACAGGUGACACCUACUUCUUCAAGGGCGUCCACUACUGGCGCUUUCCCAAGGGCAGCGUCAAGACCGACCCGGACUCCCCCCAGCCCGUGGGGCCCAAGUGGCUGGACUGCCCAGCCCCCAGUGCUGGGCCCAGGUUCAGGAGGCCCCCUAGAGUGACCCCUAAGUCUGGAGCCUGCGAUUGUCAGUGCGAGUUCAACCAGGCCUCAGAGUGGUGACCAGUGACCCUCCUGCUGCUCCUUCUGCCCCUGCUGACUGGUGGCAUCACCUCUCACUGA